GUUUGGUUUGGCACAGGGAUUUGUGCUAUAAUUUCUAUAAAUAAACAAAGUCCACGGUGAUUUUGGGUCUUUGUUAGCGUUUAAUAUGGUGUACAAAUUAAUUAAAUUAUGCUCUAUAACUUAAGAAGAGGGGACUGAGACCUCUCAUUCGAUAUUUCAUGAGAUUAUGUUCAAUUAGUGCAAAGAUGAUGCGAAAUACAGUUUACGGUUUUCUGGUGCUCGUUUCUUUGAGUUAUACACUUGGUGAAGAGUUCAAUCUCUUCGGAGACGCAGGUCAAGCAUAUUCUGUAGAAGUCAACUUAGGUCAUCCACCACAAAAGUUUAAUUUACUAGUCGAUACAGGCAGCACUACAUUGGCUAUAGCAUCGCAAGUUCGUCAAGGGGGCAAGUCAUUCUUCAAGGCAAAUGAGUCUACUACUAUUUGGGACAGUGGCAAACAAGUACAGGCUAAAUACUCCCAAGGGAUGUGGGUUGGGCACCUGGCUUCAGAUUGGGUGCAGUUCCCAUCACUGUCUAACAUCCCCGAAGUGAGAACAGACUUGGCGCUUAUUACCGAAAGCCAUAAAUUCUUCAUGAAUGGGUCUGGGUGGCAGGGUCUUCUAGGCCUGGCAUACCUACCUGUGGGAGCUUGGGGUGAGAAUGUUGUGGUCGAGUCCUGGUUAGACUCCGUGGACCGCACUCUCAAGAAACCUAUUUCCUUCCAACUCAAGCUGUGUGGGGUUCUAAAUGCUACUAAUGCAACUCAUUAUGGGAAUUUCAAAAUGCUUGAUGAUGCCACAGAAAACAAAAAUACCAACCAAUCAUACCAAACACCUGUUCUCCGUCAGCGCUGGUACGAAGUGGGCGUGUUGUCUGUACGAGUCAUCAAUACUAAUAAUAAUAACUCGGCUCCUACACAAAGUACUGGGACAGAUAUCGAUAAUGAGAUAUGCUUGAAACUUAAUGAAGAGAAGAGCAUAGUGGAUAGCGGCACUACGAACAUUCGGUUGCCUGACACUGUUUUUAGAGAGAUUGUUGGCCAAAUAAGGAAUGCAGUUUCUAAGAUAAAUGUGAUUUCAGACGAAUUUUGGUACCAUGGUGAGGCGGGUUGCUGGCCGCAGCCGCAGGAGUGGUCGCUCCCGUGGAUCGCGAUCGACUUGCUUAGCGUCGACGCGGACAACCAGUAUUUCACACUCGAAAUACCGCCGCAGACAUAUAUGCGAGUGGUGUCGACGGGCGAAGCAGGGACGGACUUUGUGUGCUACAAGCUGGGGCUCGAGGCGGGCCCCGAGACCGUGCUGGGAUACACCGCCAUGGAGGGACUGCAGGUACUAUUCAAUAGAUCAGCCGGCUGGAUCGGCUGGCAAACUUCAAACUGCGGCUCCAACGCUCGCAUCACCGGCCCUUACAACGCGUCGACAUCCCUCAUAGACUCGUGCCAACUACGUCGCCCGGUCUCCGAGACCGCGGUCUCUAUUCGCGCGGCGCAGUGGGCCCUGUGCGCGAUCUCUAUAAUAGCUGCUGGGGUGUUAGUGUACCUACUAGCCCCGUGUGUCAAAGCGGUCUGUAGGAAGCCGCUGAGAACGCAACAGAUCUCGCUUUCGACGGCGGCUUUGGUGGAACAAGAGACGUGAUGGUAACUAAAAAAAAACAUGGUCACAAAGUGGUUGUUUAAGUGUGUGAUAUAGUGUGUUUAAAUUAUUGUGGCGUUUAUCCUCGUGAGAUCCGUAGAUAAGAUUAAUGACUUCAAUGGAAUUUAAAUUAUUUUUAAGGGAAAUAAUGUUAAAUUUCUUUUGUUUUGUUCGAUUUCGGAACAGUAGAAAUUCAACCACAUUUUUCAGAUAGGUACCUACUUAGGUAUUAUAUUUAAAAUUCAACCGAUCCUCAGGAGAUUUUAAGUCACACUACUUUUUACAAUUUUAGGUCCUAUUUUAUGAAUAUAAACUUAGAGAUUAAGUUUACACAAUUCAGUCAAUGGUGCUUUGUCACCGGCGAGGGCAUUACGACGAUAUUUUUCGUACUAACAACGAGAAUUGCUUUCUUUGUCACACGUGUUCAGUAAAAUAGUACUGACUGUGAGUAGUAUUUAUUAAUUAGCUAAAAUUCUUCCUAUUUCUUUAUUUAUUAUUGUAAAUGGCCUCAUAUUAGUCGAAAAUCGUUACUUAAAUUUUGUUUAAAAAUUACGAACCGCGUUUUGAGCGUGUGUUUAAAAGUUAUUGUGUGGUUACUGUAAGUAAUUUGAUUGUGUGACUAAAAGCAUGAUAGACAAAGAAAUAUCUAAUACGCACAAUAUGGGGCAAUCGAAAUGAAUUAAGGCAAAGAAAUUUAUAAAAGUAGUUCGCUGUCCUUUGUUUAACAUUGUACUAGUAACAACAUUUACUUUUUAAUUUUAUCACUGCAUGCAAUUCUGAAUACUUAAAAUGUAGAUGGCGCUGUACCAGGACAAAACAUUUAGUUGCGGUAUUGAACACGGAUUUGGUGCCAAAAAUAUGUAUCGCUGUCUUAAUGAAGAUAUGGUCAAGAAGGAGGUUUACACAAAUUUUUGAAACGUCUACCCUGCAUUUUUACACGACGGCCCAAAAAAAGAGUGUAUUUCUAUUUUCCAAUGUUUUUUUGUAGAAAGCUAUUAUUACUAUUAUUUCUUUGUCUAUGAUGGUAAAGCAGCUCUAAAAGAGCGCAUUUUACUUAUAAGUCUGAUAAUAUUAGCUAGUCCUUAGGUAAUUGAAUUUUAGCACGAUCACAUUUUAAUUCUGUGAAUUAAGACCAUAACAGUGAGAGUAGUUUUAAUUUAAAAAAUGUACAUUUUCACGAUAUCUCGAUUUUUAUGGCACCUAAAUGAAUUGGUAAUAUUCCGACCUCCAACAAUUUUAUUGAAACAUUGUAGUUCUAAAUAUAAAAGACGGAGAUACCGUCAAGUGGGGUCAUUGGAGACAGGUGGGGUGGGGUAACUAUAAGGUAAAGGGGACAAGACUGGUAAUUCCUCCUCCUCCUUGCGUUACCCCAAGAUUUGGCGUAGGCACUAGUUUUACGAAAGCGACUGCCAUCUGACCUUCCAACUCAAAGGGUAACAAGGCUGAUGUUUUCCUUCACCGAAAAGCGACUGGC